AUGGUUGCACAAAAGAAAUAUAUCUGUGCCUUUUGUGCUAGAGCAUUCACUCGAUCAGAACAUAAACAACGACAUGAAAGAUCACACACCAAUGAGAAGCCAUUUCAUUGUUUGCAUUGUACCAGCUCUUUUGUAAGAAGAGACUUGUUACAACGACAUUGUCGAACGGUUCAUCACACUAAUUUAAACCCAAGUAUGUUGCCGUCAAACAAGUCUUUGAAAAACCCAACCACCACUCCACUUGAUUUAUCAAAUAGUGAAGGUACAACAACAUCAACUAAAAGUGGCAGUAAGAAAAAUAGUAAUAGUAAGAAUGGUGCCAAGAAUGACAAAAGUACAAACCAGAACCCAAUUAUUAAUAAUGAUGAUAACAGGUCAAGUGUUGGUGACAUAACUAACCAGCUUCCAUUUCAUGUCCAGUUUAAUAAUCAACUUCAAUAUCAACAACAACCGCAGCAACAACAACAAUAUCCAAUACUUCAAAACCAAGGAAUACCCAUGAAACAGUCAUUUUCGAUGGAAAGCGAUCAACAUUCAUUAACGACUUUUGACUCUCCCACCUCUUCUUUAGGUGUUUCAAUGACACCUAGUGGUAGUACCAACAGUGAGAUAACUCCUCAACAACAACAACAACAACAACAAUCCACAAAAAGAAGAAAAAGGUCACAGGAAAAUAAUAGCAACAACAAUACUAAACUAAUUACUAAAGAACUCAAUCAUGAUUUGGUCCAUUUACUCUCUAUUACCAAAAAGUUAACUACCUUAUUACAGCAUUAUGACAACAACAAAGUGAAUAUUACUGAUUCAUUUUUAAUUGGUUAUGUACACAUACAACAACAAGCCAAGAAUUUCACUAUAUUUGAAAAAAUGUUGAAAGAUUUGGUGUAUUAUUUGAACACAUAUCACAUCAAUACUUUACAACAACAAAACCAAUUUCAACCAAGUCAACAACAGAAUCAUUACACUAUAAACCAUUUCAAAAUUGGUAUUAGCUACUGUAUAGUUGCUCUUGGGUUCUUAAUUGAUCAUAAACCCAAUAGGGCCAUUCAAUUUUUCAAAAAAUCUUGGAAUUUGCUAAUCAGGACAUUAAUUCCUCAGUAUAAUAGCAACAACAAUUUAUUAGACCAGAUUGAGAUUUUGUAUAACCUAUUCUUGUUAUGUUAUGUUUACUUACAAUUUAAUUUGGAAACAUUUGACAUUAAUGAGAAACAUCAUGAACAUCAUAGUUAUGAAAGAGGAGAAGAACAAGAAGAUCAUCAAGAGCAAGUGUAUAUCAAUAAUCAAGUUAUCUUAAAUUAUCUUAAUGAUAUUAGUUUUAUUAUUGCUUCCAAUUUGAAAGACGUGGCAACUAAUAAUUUGAUUGAUCACAAUUUAAAUCUAUUUUGGAAUAUCUAUAUAUUGUUAUCUACUUAUAUAACAAAAGAGCCACCAAAAAUUCACCAGAUUUUGCUUAAUAAAAACCUAAAACUGAAUGACACAUUAACUUCCUUAAUGCAAAAAUUCAGUAAAUCAUAUAUCAAUAUGGAUAUGGAUGAUGAACAAUUGAAGUUAGUUGUUGUUGCGGCUUUAAAUAACGAAUUAAAGCUUUAUUUUAAUGAUAAUGUUGAUGAGUUUGAACCUGAGAACAGUAAAACCAAAAAAGAUUUUAUUUAUGACAAUAGAAAUGUUUUGCACAAUGCAAUUAUAUUAAUCAACAAAUCCAUAAAUUUUUACAAUCCAUCAACCAAUUUUGUUAGUGAUACCAAAAUAUUUGAAUUGAAAUUAUUUGAAUUAUUCAAAAAGAAUUUAAUCAUAAACAGUCCAUUGAAAUAUCAUGAAUUGUUUAAUAAUUAUAUUUUCAUACCACAACAUUAUUAUCAUUGGCAAUUGUUGACAUUAACUUUAAAGGAAAUCAAUCAGAAUAAUGUAAUUUUUAACCAAAUUCAUUCAAUACUAACAACAACAACCGGAUCUAAUGUUUGUUUUAGUUUUAUUGAUUUUGAGAAUUUACUAAAGAAUUCAUUUUUGAAUUACAAAGCUAAUCCAAUUAUUAUCAAUAACAAUUUAUUGAUUAUUUCAUAUCCGAUAAUUUUCUUGAGCAAUUAUUUAAAUCUUGAUAAUUUAAUGACAUCAACGGGACAAAUGAAUCAAUUACAAUUUAUAAAUUUAAAUAUUUUUAUAAUAGAAUGGUAUUUGAUCAUGAUGAAAGUUUUAAUAAUUAUAUGGGAUGAUACAUUGAUUGAUUUUGAAGAUAAUUAUAUCUUGCAAACUUUAAUGUAUAUUUUAUUGGAUAAUAAGUCAUGUUUAUUGAAAAGAUUGAAUAUUGAUACAUCGAAACUUGAAUAUGAUGUGAAUUGUGAACGAUUAUCAUUUAAUCAAAAAUGGUUUUGGAUUAUUAAAUUAAAAUUUGAUUCUAUUUUUGAGAAUUGGAUGAAUUUCUUGAAGAAUAAAAACCAUAAUGUGACAAAUAAUAGUAAUGUUACUAAUACCAGUACUACUGGUGUAACCAACACCAAUCAUGAUCAUAAUGAUAGUUAUCUUCAUCAUUUUAAUGUUAAUGUGUCCAAUUUUAAAUUUAAUUUGAACAAAUAUUUGAAUGAAUAUUUUGUUACUGGUGACUUCAAAUUUAGAGAGCAGCAGCAGCAGCAGCAACAGCUUGAUCAAAAUGAUCCAGAUCAAUUUCAAAGUUCAAUAGGUGCAAUGGCUAUUGACGAGGAACAAGAUUUCACUACAGCCAUGCAAACAUCACAAACAAUCAAUUCAUUUAUGCCCAUUCAUAAUAAUAAUAAUAAUAAUAAUAAUAGUAGUCGCAAUCAGAUUUAUCAGCAGCAGCAGCAGCAUAAUCACGAUAAUCCAAUGAAUAACCGUAGAGACAGCACUAACACCAAUGAAAACAACAAUUUACUGACUUCUGGUUUUAUUUCCAAUACAAAUUACCAGGGCAACAAUGGCAAUACAAUAAUCAAUUAUAAUGAGUUCCAAGAUCGUAAUUAUAAACGAUCAAGCUCAAUUACAUUGGGAAUAUUGGCACAGACUGUAGCUGAGAAUAGUGGUAUUGCCAAUGGCGGCAUUGUCUCUCCACAAUUGGUUUCACAAAAUUCUUCAUCAACAAUGAAUGGUAAUGCUUCCAGUUCUGUGAAAGCACCAAGACUGUAUUCACAAUCACAAACAUUACAAUUUCUGUAUCAAGCAAUGCAGUCACAACCGCAACCGCAGCAACAACAACAUCAUAAGCAUAGACAUAGACAUAGUCAGCCAUCAAUGAUGCAACAAAGUACAUCUCAAGAAGGAUUUUCACAACCUGUUCCACCGCAGUUACAACAACACCAUCAAUCAAUCAAUGGGAAUGAUAAUGGGGUACAUAAUUCAACUUAUAGUAGUUACUCCGUUUAUCCUCCACCACCACCAAUUUUAUCUUCAAUGAGUAAUACCAAUGGUCAUACAAAUCUGGCAACAACAACAACAGCAACAGCAACAACAGAAUCGACAGUUCAAAGUGCAACGGGUAUUACCACUUCCACCACCCAUGAACCUAAUAAAGCCGAUGUAUUAUUACCUCCAAUAAGACAUUAA